AACAAACGCACCUUGUUGAGAAGCGCCCCCAUCCAGGUGCACAAGGCGCAGCCAUACAAGUCAAUAAUAGCCCCAGGGCCAUAAUUUGGAUCGCUGUGAUGUAUGUAUAAUUUUGAUCCACCAUUGCAGCUACCGGUACGAUGAUACCCCACCACCAAGCUCCUCGUCCAUUGCGGGUGAUGGAAUCUGCUGUUAUCAGUAUCCUCCUCUUGCUGCCAAUAUCGGCUUUGGGAUUUUCUGUUCCCAACAACAAUAACGAGCCAUCGUCUUCUUUUUCUCUGUUUGAUCGAUUUCGGCCCGAAUGUCCCGCAGUGCCAAAUUCCAUUCGCCAAUUUGAUCCAUCUCUGCCAUUGCCAACCGAGGAUGAUGCAAUCUGGGUGGCCGUGUUUCGCAGUUCCAACAAUGCUCCUUCGGUCUUUGUCAAGGAUGAAUUCUUGAAUGCUAUGCGAUUGGCCACGGGUGGCGUCACCGAAACGCUCUCGUCGUCGGAAUCAACAGAUGGAUCAUCGGUAAAAAACGACGGCGACGACAGCAAUAAAUUGCAAGUGACACAACCACAACAAUCAUCAUCAUCAUCGGGGCCAACAACACCAGUAGCAGUCGCACGAUUGUGUCCAUCGCAAGAUUUUCCAGGCACGUGGACAUUGGAUCACAUGCGAUGCUCCUUGAAAAAGGAAACGACCGAUGAUGCCUGCGAAGGAGGCUCGGAACACAAAGAAGCCUUGUCGGUGGCCAUGGAUUCCUUGCUGUUGCACUAUCUCAACAAACCUGACUUUUUCUGGGAAGGAGCCAUUCGCACCAAAGCGACAUUGGUCGGUGCUUCCUUGUUGGAAGAACGAGGAUUCCAACCUGUCACGACGUUGGCCAAGGACAUGGCCACUCAUGUAUCGUCCUUGGAUGCCUCCAUGGAAAAGUACGCCGAAAAAUACGUCGAAACCAUGAGUAGCACGUCCAAAAAUCAGGGAGCCCGGGAUCGAGCCAAUGAAAUAUUGUCCUUGCUGGGACGAUUAGAUCGGGAGGCCGAUUUACGAGCCGCACAAGAACGACAACAACAAGCAUCAUCCUCCACAGAUGGUGACAGUGAUGAGGAUUAUGAUCCAUGGGCGUCAGUGAAGCAGUAUCUGUAGCGGUUCUAUUUUAGUUUUUGCUAGCUAUGCUCUUCAUUUUUUUUUCAGUAGAAGGCAUCUUCCGUGUGACUUUGCUAGGUGUUUACAAAGGAUGCACAUAGCCAGUACUUCGUCGUCCACGGAUUGCAUCGUAGUAAAACCAGAAAAGUUGUAUAGAAAUAUCUGACAUGAAGGAUGGCAGCAGG